UAGGAUGCGAAGGCUAAUACAAAAUAAGAAUGUCUGACGGAGGUCUGUAUCCCGAUAUAAGAGAUAAAGAUGCCGUGUUUAAAUAAAUAACAAUACAAAAAUACUUUUAUCUCAUUUGAGGCUGGGUUCUUAAAGUGAAAGUGUGACUGUAUUAUUAUUUUUUACCCUAACUGUAAAAUGGAAAAAAAUGAAAAAUUUUGCAUGUACUUCCACGGUUUUGCCGUAGCACAUCACAUAAACGCCAUAUUGUACACCACUUUUGGACAUUUAACACACAACAUCCAUGAAGUUACAGAUGAAAGAGUUCUGGAUCUUAAAAGAUUUGAAAAUAAAUAUUUUACAGGCUGGAAUCUCGGCCUGCAAUUCCUAUACUUUACGUUAGCUUUCACAUUGGAUUUGAUGAAACACUGGAAAUUACACCCGAAUAAAAAACUCGUCAAAUUUAAAGGGUACAUGUUCACUAAUUUGGUGUUUCCAUGCUCAGCAUUUGUAUGCUGUAUGUUUUGGACUGUUUAUACGAUAAAUAGGGAGUAUGUGUUCCCGGAAAUAUUCGACCAUUAUAUACCAGCAUGGUUUAAUCACUCUGUACAUACAAAUAUACUGAUAUUUAUAUUGCUGGAGAUUUUUAUGGUGAAUCAUUAUAUGGCCAGUUUUAAGUCGGCUUUUUAUUCCCUACUAGGAUUAAGCCUAUUAUAUAACAUUGUUUUUUUCCACAACUAUUUUGAGCAUGGUAAAUGGCUUUACAUCUUAUUCAACAUUUUUUCCUGGACGGAAAUAAUUUUGUUUGUAAAUUUUAACUUUUUGGCAUGUCUGGUUUUUCAGAGAGUCGGAUAUUUCAUACAAAAAUACAAAUUCAGAUGGUCCAAGAAAAAAAUCAUCACCAAAUACGAACAAUACAAGAAGGAUUUGUUAAUUAAGAACUAAAUAUUUUAAAAGAAGUGAAAGGUGUAAAAAUGGUUUAUUGUGAUAUUCCUUAGGUUUAGGGUUUAGGGUUCCUAAAAUAUCCGCCAGGGGCAAAGGGGCCAGCACUUUUUCCUAUUGAUUUAACAAAAUAGAUUAUAUAAUUAUACAAGGUGGAAAUAUUUCGCAGGUGCAUUACCAAACUUUGAUGGUAUUUAUGCAAAAAAUUAACAAAAAUUCAUACCUUACACCUGAAUAAAUCCUUAAAUGUUACCUUAUUGAAUAAGGCUUAUUCUGCUCGAAAAAAAAACCGUUUUCCAAAUGUGAGUUAAUUGCCAUGCUUUUUAGUAUUUUAAAUUUUAUUUACAAAUUAUACUGUUAAAAAAAUGCAGUAUACGACACUGAUUGGUGUGACCAGCGAUAUCCCUGAGAAUUUCGGUAAAUCCCCGAAAAAAAGUAACCGAAGAUAAAAAUUAAUUUAAAGUGCAAAACCCUGAAGUGUGGCGUCGCUACUUGUCCCUAUAUCCAUAGCAAAUAAAAAGAUCCGUAAAUUGUUUAAAAUAAAGUGUUUUAUUGUUAUAAAUAAAAAUAAUAAUUAAUAAAUGACUUUAU